GUAAAAACGUUUACAUGAUCAUGAUUAUGGUAAACAACAAUGGAGGAAAACGAAAGUAGACACAUGUUCCUUGCUUCAGACUUUAGAGCAAACUUACUAACUGAUGUUCAGCAAUGCUUGAAGUCCCGAAAUAUUUCUUGCGACAAAACGUGUGUGGUUAGGAGAGUGCGAGAUCUACAAGACGGGGAUUAUUGUGUUCCUAAAGGUUGCAUACCUAAAGUCAGCAAUGAGGUCUUGGAUGAAAUUUGUGAUGAGUUGAAAGAAUCAAAUACAAAUUAUCAUCUAAAGAUAUCCAAAGCCACAACUUCCAGACACUUUGGUAUAACCUUCUACCUUGAGAGGCCCCUAACAUUAAAAUCUACACUGGUGCCAUUUUGGCAGAGUAGAAUUUCCCAUUCUUCAUUUUGUGAUGUUGGAAGUGGUACACAUGUGUUGGUGGCUUCCUCAGACUUGCACUGCAGGAGUAGUGGAGAUCUGGAGAAUUUACGGUCCAUUGUUGUGCUUGAACAUGUUACCUGUCUCUUGAAGGAAGCAGGGUAUGAUGUGGAACCUGUAAGGUGUUGUCAGCAAAAUAAGACUUCACCAGCUUUACUCGACAUAGCGAUUCCAAGCAUUGCAUUUACAGAUCAGAUGUCAGUAAACUGUCAACAGAUAGUCAAAACUCUAGCCUCAGAAAACAAAUACUGUAAAAGGAGUCAUCAGUCUUUUGACCAUAGUGGUAGCGAUAUUCCCUGUAAACAUGUCAAGUUGGAGAAGGACGGCUCUGUAUGUGGUACAGGAGACUCUGUAAACAAACCAGUGGACAGAAAAACAGGGGAUCAACAGAUCAAAGUUGUUCUCAAUCUUCAACAGUUUGUGGAGGACAAACAAUUACCUGUCGGUAAAGAUGGCUAUGAUAAAAAUCUAAAAUACUCAGAAUUAAAUUGUGGAGAAGAUAUGAUAUCAGACACACUAAAGGAAGCUUAUCUCUUACACGAAGCUGUUGGCAAAUUACAGAAGUACGGGACAGGUACUGUGGUCCAUAUAUUACCUGACAGUGCUUACUUCUCCCAGCAGCGAGUAGACCUCACAACACGGGUCAUCUGGCCUGAGGACCACUCUCAUAGACAGGUUUACCUUGUCCAUGGCCCAGUCAAAUCUAGGAGACAGACACAAGCUAACGUUAAAUCUGCUGCAGACUUUGUACAGUUGAGAUUUUCUCAGAUGAAGUCUGCUGCAUUAAUGAAAUAUGGAGAGGAAGUCAAUGGCCCUGGAUGGCAUUCCACGAUUUCUGCUCUCACCUCCGCUGGGGUCAAGUUUGAAAUACUCUCCACUGUUAGCAGAAGUGCAGUGAAGCUGGAUCUGUCAGAGGGAGAGAGUGGUGUUGGUAAUGACAAUCGAACUGGCUCCUUUGUAAUGUACAACUGUGCGAGACUUGCCACACUUUUUAAACACUAUGAAGAAUCUGUCAGAGAAGGUCACUAUCCUCCCCUUCCAAACAUUGAAGAUGUGGAUUUCAGUCUUCUCAGAGAAGAGGAUGAGUGGUCUUUAUUCUUUCUCUACAUAUUCCCCUACCCUGACCUGAUCAGAGAAACUGUUGAGGAAUUGGUGCCGGCAUCUGGUGCUAUCUCUACUAAAAUACACACUCAUAAGAUCUGUAACCUACUCAUUAACUUCAGUCACAGCCUGAGUUCCUACUACAGUAGAACACAUAUCUUAGGGGAGAACCGCCCACAUUUGCUGCCCCUGAUGUACGCCCGUCUGUAUUUCCUGAAGAUAGUGCUUAAGGUACUGAGCCAUGCACUCAGUCUCCUUGGUAUAGAACCCAUGUCACAACUGUGAAAAUUUCUAAUGUAUUAAAGCAUUCAACGGUUA